CCUGCCCGCGCUGGCCGGCCUCCUCUCCUCGUGGGUGGAGUUUCAUCCACCGACGUGCUGGUGAAGCUGGUUCCUAAGACAACACAUGAAACAUGCAUUUGCAUUAGCGAGGCUCGUUUCAACACCGACGCCGUGAGCUGACUUUACCACCCGCUCUCUGUGAAGAAAGCUACCAAAACAACCGCGACUUCCUGCACACACAGCGAAGUAGAGCGGAUAUAUGAUGCCAAGUAUUUCAGCGACACUUUAAAGCAGAUCUGCACAUCGACGCUGGGACUCAGUCUAUUUUCUGCAGAAGCUUCUGGAUUUGUUCCACUACAAGAUGCACAUGAAUAGCUUAUUAAAUCAGUGGACGGACAUCUCCACGAUGUGUGAUGUGGAUGUGUCAUCAGAGCCCACCAGUCCCACCCUUUAUGGUGAGUCUUCAGACAAAUACUACCAUGUGGAGCGAUGGCAGAAGCUUCGCACGGCUGUCCGUAAACUGGAAUUCUGGGAAAAUUUCAGCGCUGAGCUAAUCGGGAGUGGCUUCUUCUCCAAAGUCUAUAAGGUGAUGCACAGGACCAAUCGAAAAGUGAUGGUAGUGAAGAUCUACAAAAACGAUGUGGACCAAGACAGCAUUGUACGAGAGAUCAGCCUACUGCAGAAGCUCUCCCACCCCAACAUUGUCAGGUAUUUGGGAAUAUGUGUGAAAGAAGACAAACUCUAUCCAAUCUUAGAGUAUGUAAACGGUGGCUGUCUGGAAGAGCUUCUGGCCAGGAAAGACGUUCCCUUGUGCUGGAGAGAGAAGGUGGACUUGGCCUGUGAUAUAAGCAGAGGAAUGAUCUACCUGCAUUACAAAAACAUUUAUCACAGAGACCUCAAUUCUAAGAACUGCCUGAUCCGGGUGACGUCUCGGGGACGAGAGGCUCUGGUGACAGACUUCGGCCUGGCCAGGGAGGUGGUGGAGCUGCCAGUGAAAGACACCGGCAGGAAACUCUCUCUGGUGGGCUCGGCUUUCUGGAUGGCCCCCGAAAUGCUCCGAGGAGAGCCAUAUGACCGCAAGGUGGAUGUUUUCUCCUUUGGCAUUGUGCUCUGUGAAAUCCUGGCCAGGAUCCCUGCUGACCCUGAAAUACUCCCGAGAACACAGGACUACGGGCUGGAUGUGAAAGCUUUCAGGGAACUGGUGACAGACUGCCCACAGCGCCUCCUGGAGUUGGCAGCCAGCUGUUGUAUGGUGGAGUCCUUCCGACGGCCAGCAUUCACAGAGCUGUUGGAUGAUUUAGGAGAGGUUGCUGAGACCCUGGAACUUCCUCCCAAAUCUGACGUGGAUACGAGCUGAGCAGCGGAUCAGGGAAGCCCAGCAUUAGGACCGCAGACUGUGGGAUUACUAUUGCUCACUGUCUGGACAGGAAGCAGGACAGAUGUGAAUUAAAAAAAUAAAAAUUUAAAAAAAAUAUGGAAGUUUUUGUGGCAUCAACUCUUCUCCUCUGAGGUGCUGCAGACAUUCAGAUCUAGAUGUUUUUUCAGGGCAGUGGAUGUUCCCGACUUGCCAUGGACACUUUGAUUUGACCCAGCAGUGUUCACAUGAUUAUUAGUUCAACUUGUACUGUUAUUGGUCUUGACUAAAAGGGCCCUCUCCUCCCACUCGACUCUGGUGUUUGUGAUUUGUUUGUAACCGACGGCGCAGACCAAAUCAGGCCUGUUGAUAUAUUUUCCUCUUGUCUACUCUGCCUUUGUCGUUCCAGUAGGAAAUGAGAAAGCUCUGCUCUCUAUUAGGCUUUCAAUAGUGACAUAACUUCAUACACAACGAGGAUCAAAAAUAGCCGUGGAAACAUGAUUUUAGGUUUGAUUUUGAGAGUUGGUUUCAUGUUAACAAUUUAUAGGCACGCUUACGAGUCAGUAUGAGUCUAAGAUAUUUAUUUUCAUGAAAAAGUUCUUUUUAUCGUAUACCGAAAACUUCAAACAUAUCCCCUUUUUCUAGCAACAAGACUUUUUUUAAGCUUCUGGAUUGUCAGGUGAUUUUACAAAACAAAAAAUUCCUAUUUUGUUGUUAUUUUGUGCAGUUACUCUGAGCUGAAUGUGUGUAUGUAAAUAGUCAAGCUUUUCUCAUUUUAUUUUUUAAAUCUGGCACCUUUUAUGGGGUUUGACAGGGUCCAUAAUCUUUUCAGUUUAAUCUGUUCUGGUUUUGUGUGUGGUCUCAAAAACUUUUAGGCAGCUACACUACCAACUCUUUUGGUUUCUUAUCCUUUAAAAAAUAUAUUUUCUGCCUUUUUUGAUGAAAAAUAAAACUUUUAUUUCUUGUUUAGCAGUAUAGCUUUCUAGAUUUGAAAGUACAAAUAUUCAUCUGCUUUCAGAAGUUUCUGAUUGAUCCUUCCAGUAUGGGAAACAAAUGGAACCAUUUUCAUUUGAACUACUUAAAUAAACAUGGAAAAUAAACUUUA